AGAAAAUAAGUCGAUUUCAUGAAAUAAUGUUUAUUAUCAACUAAUAAGUGAUUAUUAUCUGUGCAACUUCAAUUAGCGGGAAACAGUCAACUACAUUGAUAAGCCACAAUGUCGCAUAAAAGUUUGUAGGCGGGAGACAUUAGUGGGAAGUCCCAAGUGAAAAACAAAUCCUUCAACAAACUUUUGAAGUUGUAUAACGACGACAGUUUACGAUCUUGCUUUUGACCAAAAAAAGACAAGGAACAAAGACGAGAAUAGAUAAAUCAUCAAUAAAAAAUGGAAGACGCCAAAAGAGCCGACCCUGACAAAAAGGGCAAACACUCUACUGGAUCAAAAGCUUUAGCUGAUCAAAAUAAUAACGAGAUAAUUACUUUUCAUAAGGAGCUUCGAGAUAUAUUUUCGAGUUGUUCCAAAAACUUCAACGUCGUUCAUAUCAAUGCUCAGAGUAUACCUAAACAUUAUCUCUCUUUGUUAGCAACGUUCGUCAAUCUUCAUAAUGUUGAUGCCGUAUUGGUUUCGGAGACAUUCCUGAAGCAGUCAAUGAAUUCAAAGGCUGGUGAUAUACCAGGUUAUAACCUGAUCCGCAACGAUAGAGUGGGCAAAGGUUGCGGAGGAGUUGCAAUUUAUUUGCGCAAAGAGCUCAAAUAUAGACAUGUGGCUAAAUCUUUGAGUUAUUACACGAGUUCCGCUGAAUACAUUCUUAUUGAAGUCUACCACAAUAAAACUAAAAUACUUUUGGGUGUGUUCUACAGUCCAAAUUCCACAAUUAAUUAUUUUACAACUUUAGAAGACUUACUUAAAAAAUACCGCCCUGACUAUAAACACGUGAAUAUACUUGGAGAUUUCAACACUGAUAUCUUGAAAGCGAAUAGACGUGUAGCUAGAUUGUUGUCUAUUGUUGAAGACCACGGUUUAUACCUGCCACCUCUGGGGCCGACUCAUUUUGCUCCCGGUGGAUCAGCCUCUGCCUUGGAUCUGAUCAUUGUCUCGGAAAAAGACAAUGUCGCAAAGCACGGUCAGUUAGGCAGUUGUUUCUCAUAUCAUGACAUGAUCUACGUUUCAAAUAAAAUAAAACCUUGGCGGAGAAGACCGAAACUGAAUGAAGAACCUAUUUGGCAAAAAAUUGACGCCGACGCAGCUCUGGCAGAACAAUGGAGAGCAUUGAGUAUCUACAAGAAUAGUGAACGAGUUGAUAAUGAUUUAAUGAAGUAUAGAAACGGCCGAAAAAGUAUUGAAAAACUUGAGAAGGAAUUUCAACGUGAAAAUAGCAAAAUCCAAAAAUCCCCGAAAAAAUAA